AUGAGCUCGACUCGCCCUGGUCGCGGCCAUCGUCAGCACAUAGGCUUCGUCAGUACUGUAGAUGCCGUGUCUGUUUCAGAUGACGACGCGCGGUCUGAUGACGAAAUCGUGGUCAACACAGAGCGCGGGAGCAAGCGCAAGCACACCCAAGCUGACUACGAAGACGAUGCCGAGCCAGAGGACGAUGACGAUCAACUCGGCAUCGACGAAGACUCGGAAGAGGAAGGCAAGUCUCGUCGGCGUGGCCUGCGGCGAAGCCUGCGAAAUGGGGUGGCAGGUGCCGGCCGGUCCUUGCGUAGUGCCAAGCUGCCGUCUGACGGGUCCGAUGAGGAUGAGGACGGCGUCUACCUGCAAUCAGACCUACCCAGUGCUAGAAAGGGCAGAUCUAGGCGCAACCGCAACAGCGAAGUAGCAGAUUUCGAAGAUGAGGGCAUCUCGUAUCACCGCAACAAGCGUCAACGCGUAGGAGAGCGCCAAUCGGGUCGCUCCACGCGGCACCAAGGAGGUAUGGAGGAGAAGGGCAUCGAUGACAUUUACCGCUCCGACUCCAACGACGCACGCGUGCCUGUCAAGCCCAAAGUGACUGGUGCUCGUGAAGCAUUCAAACCGCUGCCGCGUAACGAUGAGUUCCGCAUGCGUCACAUGCAAUUCUGCGAAGUCUGUAAUCAAGGCUCCAACUUCGCACCACUCAUCUGCUGCCAGGGCUGCACGCUCGCCUAUCACAAGUCUUGCCUAGGCCAUCGCACGGGUCGUGAGCACCUCGUCACAAAGAUUGGUGAUGGCGACUUCGUGCUGCAGUGUCGCCGCUGCGUCGCAUUUCCACGCAAGAAGGAUCCCACCGCUCCGGAUCAAGGCAAGUGCUCCGACUGCCACGAGCAUGGUAACGCCUGCCGCCCGUUCCGGGCCCGCAAGACACCAGCGCAGGAGCAAAAAGAGCGCGACGAGAACGACGGUGAAGACCCGAUCUACAAGAUCCACGAAUCGCGCAUGAACAACCUUGACAACGUUCUCUUCCGCUGCAUCAAGUGCUGGCGCGGUUUCCACUUCGAGCACCUCCCCUCGCGCUCAGAAAUGAUUGAAAUCGAAGAAGUUGAUGUGGAGCAGCGCUUUCGCGAAUACAGCCGCGACUGGGAGUGCAGAGAGUGCCUGCUCGCGCCCGCCAAAGUCGGCGCGCUUGUAGCGUGGAAGCCGGUGGAUGAGGACAACUACGACCCCGGCAAGUCCGUAGACCAGAUCGACGAAGACCAGAAAGCGUAUUUGGUGAAGUGGGAUGGAAUGUCGUACUUCCGCUCCGUGUGGAUGCCCGGCGCUUGGGUUUGGGGUGCUACGAACCAUUCUAUGCGUAAGGCGUUCGCGAAGAGGGAGGACAGUCAGCAUCCCAAGAUGCGUACGGAAGACGCCAUCCCUGAAGACUACCUUCGCACGGACAUCGUGCUUGACAUUAAAUUUACCAGUAUUGUCGACAUACGUACCGAGGAGAUUGACAAGGCGCGUAUCAAGGAGAUCGACAAAGCGCUAAUCAAGUACAAAGGUCUCACAUACGAAGACGCCGUUUGGGAAAAACCGCCCACGCCUGAUGAUGGGGACCGUUGGAUCGAUUUCGUGACUGCGUACAAUGACUGGGUGGCCGGCCGCUAUGUGCGCCUCCCCACACCCGGCAAGCUGAAGAAGACGCUCGACAAGAUACGCACGCAAGACUUCAGCAAGCUCGAAAAGCAGGAACAGCCCGCCAACCUCACUGGCGGCGAGUUGAUGCGCUAUCAGGUCGAAGGCUUGAACUGGCUAUAUUUUAAGUGGUUCAGCCAGAAGAACGCCAUCCUUGCCGAUGAAAUGGGGUUAGGCAAGACAAUUCAGAUCAUUGGGUUCUUGGCGACGUUAGUGCAGGAUCACAACUGCUUCCCGUUCCUGAUCGUUGUGCCGAACAGCACUUGUCCGAACUGGAGACGCGAGAUCAAGAACUGGGCACCGAGCCUGAGAGUGGUGGCGUACUACGGCAGCAAAGAGAGCCGAGACCUGGCGUACCGCUACGAGCUCUUUCCCGAAGGGAGCAAAGACCUCCGCUGCCACGUCGUGGUCACAAGCUACGAUGCUGCGGCGGACGAAAACUGUCGCAAGUUCUUCCGCGGCGUAGCGUGGCAGGGUCUCAUCGUCGACGAAGGCCAGCGCCUAAAGAACGAUAAGAAUUUACUGUACUCCGCGUUGGGCAAUAUGAAGAUACCUUUCCGCAUUCUGCUCACCGGCACGCCGCUGCAGAAUAACGCGAGAGAGCUGUUCAACCUGCUGCAUUUCCUGGACGAGACGUACGAUGCAGGACAAUUAGAAGAGGAAUACGCCGAGCUGGACCAGGACAAGAUCACCAAGCUGCAUGACUUGAUUCGGCCUUUCUUCUUACGCCGCACAAAGGCGCAGGUCCUUUCGUUUCUGCCGCCGAUGGCCCAGAUCAUCGUCCCGGUCAGCAUGACUAUCGUGCAGAAGAAGCUCUAUCGCACCAUCCUUGCGAAGAAUCCAGAGCUCAUGAAGGCUAUCUUCGCUAGUGACGGAUCCUCGCUCAAGCAGGGCGAGCGCGGGUCGUUGAACAAUAUCCUGAUGCAACUACGGAAAUGUCUCUGCCACCCAUUUGUCUAUAACAAGAGCAUUGAGGAAUGCAAUGUUUCUUAUUCAGCCAGUCACCGCAACCUGGUUGAUGCUAGCAGCAAGCUCAAGCUGCUCGAGCCCCUCCUGCCCAAGUUGCGAGAGCGUGGGCAUCGUGUGUUGAUCUUCAGCCAGUUUCUGGAUAUGCUCGACAUUGUCGAAGACUUUAUGGACGGGUUGGCAAUGCCGUAUCAGCGCCUGGAUGGCAAAAUCAGUGCGUUGGAAAAGCAGAAGCGCAUUGAUGGAUUCAACGCUCCAGACUCGCCGCUUUUUGCCUUCUUGCUGAGUACCAGGGCCGGAGGCGUAGGCAUUAACUUGGCUACCGCGGAUACGGUGAUCAUUCUUGAUCCGGACUUCAACCCGCAUCAGGAUAUUCAAGCGCUCAGCCGCGCGCACCGCAUCGGGCAGUGUAAGAAGGUACUGUGCUUCCAGCUCGUGACGAGGGCGAGUGCGGAGGAGCGGAUCAUGCAGAUGGGCCGGAAGAAGUUGGCACUUGACCACGUGCUCAUCCAAGAGAUGGACGCCGACGAUGCAGAGCAAAACGAUCUCGUAUCUGUCCUUCGCCACGGUGCCGGCGAGCUUUUCGAAGACAGCGGCGAGCAAGACAUCGUGUUCGACUCCAUGUCCGUGGAACGUUUGCUUGAUCGCAGUCGUAUGGAAGAUACGCAAGGGGCUGGGCCGGACAAGAGCGCCGAGACUGCUUUCUCCUUCGCACGCGUGUGGGCGCAUGAUUCGCUGCAGAACGAUUUGAUGGACGGGUCGGCGGAGCAGGAGCACCAUGCGCCUGAUCCGGGUGUAUGGGCGAAGAUCUUGAAGGAGCGCGAGAGGGUUGCUGCUGAAGAGGCGGCGGCGAAGGCAGAGGCUUUCGGUCGUGGCAGGCGCGCUCGUGCGCAGGUCCAUUACAACGGCCAGAAUGGUGUUGAUGGCGUUGAGGGCUUGGACGCUACACCGAUGAAGUCGACGAAGAAGGUUAAGAACGCCGGCGAGAGCGACACCGAUUUCCAGGCUGAGGAGAGUGGCGACGAGGACUUUGAAGGUGAGGACAGGCUUGAUCCUGACGACAUUGACACCAUCUUCGGAACGAAGAGUGAUGGUGUAGUUGCUAAACGUGCCACAGAUGACCGCCAGAAGAAUGGUAAGAAGCCCGCUCCUUUUCAAGAAUCACAUACCCCUAGGAAGGACGAUGCGGCACUGUCAACUGCCAACAACAAGACGGGUGUCAAGAAGGCUAUCUCAACGAAGCCUCCAAAGACGCCUAAGACUCCGAAGACGACAGUGAAAAUGCAUGGGUUUAAGCUUGGCACGCCCACCGCCAUCAAGCCCAAGACUCCUGCUUCUGCUUCCAUGAAGAAAUCUGCCGGCGGUGGUGAACGUAUUGCUUACACCCCUUCUCACCGCGCAGAACCUCCGUCCUUCCGCCGCGUCACCAUCCCAACACCGCAACCCAUCCCAAACGGUCUCAACUGUCUCGCUUGCAAGACGUACCACUCAGCCGGCAGCUGUCCGCUCAAGCUGGCAGGUGUUGAGCAUUGCAACCUCUGCGGCAUCGCGCACUUCGGACACGCGAGGGUGUGUCCGCACAUUCAAAGCGAAACGCAGGUGCGCGCCAUGCUCGAAGCACUCCGGCAUUCCAACGAACCCGAACACCUCGUUAACGAAGCAAAGCGAUAUCUGCGUGGUCUGAAGGGCAACCUGGUGCAAUUAAAAAAGCAGAUCGAGGCGAAGAAGCAUGCGGCAAGAGAGGCUGAGGCUACGGCUGCGUUUGUGGCCGCCAGAGCGCCGGUUUGGCAGGGCACCGUUAGCAUGGGUGCGUACUAAGCUGAUAGCUAGCCAUGACGAAUUCAUGAAAAGCAGUCCGAUAACACAGCGGUUUCUGCAGUUGUUGCCGAGACAGUCAUGUGAGAUGGGUUUUACCGUCUCACUCCAGAGACCUGCGCACAACAGCUUUGUAAGCACAUAGGGUUCUGCGUGGAUACUCGUUGUUUGGGAAGGCCCAGAUUGGGCUUGCAGGCUGCACUCUAUGCUCUAUCUCAGGCGUCCAUAGGUUGGUGAAGGCGCCAUCCCUAUUCGGGCGCUGCUUCCGGAUUUAAAGCACUGAGAGUUCGCAGCUCUUGCCGAGGGAGCUCUAACCCUACGUCAGAUCUGGAGUCUGUAGGACGGAUGGGCAGUACUUGUAUAA